GAAUAAAAUUAUUAAUUUCUUUAAAAGUCAUACUAACCAGAACAAUUGAACUGCAAUAUAUAGUUUUUCACUUAAUGGCCAUAUAUGUGCCAUAUGGUUAUUCAUACACCGCAACCCGUGAUCAGGGGUCGCACGUGCAUUCAUUAGGUCACACAUUUAGACGGAUGCUCCCACUGAGGGGAAGAGAGGGAGGUGCAGGACAGUAUUGAUCAAAACAACACCCAUCCUCUUGGGAAGUAAUCUGAAACGGCGGUCAAAGCGUGACUAUGAAUGAAGAAUACAUGCUAUUCUCAGUGACUAUAGCAUCUUUUUUUUCUAGAUGCCUAAUGUUAACAGAUUUCACCUGUUUUAAUUGUGCUCAAGGAUAUGUUUGUGAUUCGCUAUUAACAGUUUUGCGUUUUUACACUUAAUAUGGUAGUUUUGAGAUUGUGAACAACCCGUGCGUAUCACACUGAAUGACCAUGACCGCAGUUCUUACAAUGAUCGGCGCCGCGCUUCUCAGUGUUGUGAGCGCGCGACCUGCGCUGAUGCCAGAUCAAUACGCGCGAGGAGUGGACUGGUUGAUUCGGUAUGGGUAUUUACCAUCUCCAGAAUCUCUAACUGGUCGACUUCAGACCAGGGAGGGUAUUGAAGAAGCUGUCCGUAAAAUGCAGUGUUUUGCUGGUAUUGAAGAGACUGGCAAACUAGAUCAUGCCACUUUAGAACUGAUGGCCAGACCUCGCUGCUCUCUGCCGGACACCAUCAGCUCUGAGGAUCUGUUGAAAGGAAGGAGAAGAGGUAAAGGGAAGCUGAAGAGGAGAUACACUCUGCCAAGAUUGAGCUGGGACAAGGCUGAUAUCACCUGGAGCGUGCAAGAGUUUCCAUCUCCUUCCAUGUCUCCCACUUUACAUCCAGGGCUGGUGAGGCUCAUUUUAACCUCUGCCCUCCGAGUAUGGAGUGAUGUCACACCUCUGCGUUUCCACCCUCCUCCAUAUGGCCCAUCACCACAGAUAGACAUCAAAGUCACCUUUGCAAGCAGCUACCAUGAGGAUGGAUAUCCUUUUGAUGGCAAGGGGGGCAAUCUGGCACAUGCAUUCUUCCCAGGAAAGGGAGAUCUUGCUGGUGACACACACUUUGAUGAUGGAGAGAGCUGGAGCUAUGGAGAUUGGAGUAGUGCCACAGAUUUAUUCACAGUCGCAGUUCAUGAGUUUGGUCAUGCUUUAGGCCUGUUUCACUCAUCCUCCAAUGACUCCAUCAUGAAUCCUUAUUAUCAUGGUCCUGUGGGAGACAUGCACAGUUACUCCUUAUCCCUUGAUGACAGACUGAGAAUACAGGCACUUUAUGGAAAAAGACAAGAUUUUAAACCUUCUCCAUCUGUUGUUGCACCCACAACUCAUCUGUCCCACUCCUCGACCCCAGCUCCUCCAAAUCCUCCCUAUCACCCACCAGCCUCUGCUGAUCGCUGUCAGGGAGGUUAUGAUGCAGUCGCUAAUAUCAGAGGAGAGGUUUUAUUCUUUAGAGGUCCACACUUUUGGAGGGUACAUCAUUCAGGCUCAUUAAUAUCCUUGACUCCAGCUCUGAUCCACAGCUUCUGGAUGGGUUUGCCUCCAGAAACAGCCAGAGUUGAUGCAGUAUAUGAGAGAAGAGAUGGACAUAUUCUCUUCUUUAUUGGUAAUCAGUACUGGGUAUUUAGAGACACAGUGUCCCUCCCUGAGUACCCACGACCACUUUCAGAAUGGGGUUUACGCACUUCUGCAGGAGGGCUUCCAGAGAGGGUGGAGGCAGUAUUUGUGUGGCCACACAAUGGGAAAACGUAUCUGUUCAGUGGUGGAGAGUACUGGAGGUUUGAUGAGUCGGGAACAGAGAGGAAGCUGGAAGAAGGGUACCCUAAACCAGCGUCCAUCUGGGGGAUGCCCUCUCACCCUGAUGAUAUCAUUGGAUUUGUAGAUAGAGACACUUACUUCUUUAAAGAAUCAAACUACUGGAUUUUAAAAAGAGGUGGCCUGGACCAGGAGUCUGCUUCCCCAAAGUCCAUUGCUAUUGACUGGAUGAAAUGUGAAGGUCACAUUUCAACUCACACACCUGAGAUUCCCAGAAGAGACAAAGAUUGUACUUGUGUCCAGAGUACAGCAGCUAUGAUAUGUGUUUUGUCAUAUGUUAUAUAUCCAGUUAUCACAGGUUGGAUUUUGGUUCUUGUAUUUUACUGAUUAGAUUUAUAUUAUUUGUGUAGUAUUUACGGUGAUUUUUUUAAUGUUGUGAUUUUGACUGUGAAGUUAGUGAAAAUGUACUUGAUUUUUACCUAGCAACAAAUUUCUGCCAUCAUUUGGGAUAGGAAAGUGUCCACUAGUUGCUCACUUUAGAAUCUCAGCAGAUGUGUAAGCUCUGGAUUGUUUGCCUGUUUCUUGAAUACUGUGUAUUCGGACCUCUUACUCAUGUGACAUACUGCUUUCUACAAACUAUAUAUGGUAUACAUCAUAGUACAUACUACAUAAAUGGGCAGUGUUUAGAAGUACACUAGUAGAUGCUCUCAAAGCUAAAACACAGUUGACUAAAAGACACAAGACAAUACUUUAAUCAAUAUUUGAAUUGAUUAAAAAAAAUAAUAAUAACAAAAAUCCAAACAACGACGUCAUGUAAUUAUUCUUUCAGUAUUACACUAGAAUUUAUUACAUAAUGUAAAAUAAAUCGCAAUGAGGCUUAUUCUCUCUUUUUUUUAUUUGUCAAGUUUACAUCCAAAGUGAAUUCAGUCAGAUGCAAGAUGUAUGAUC